GUACGUCGAUGUUUGGGCAAAAAGCCCCUCCUCAAGAUCGACUAGUGGUGUGUGUGACCGUGGUGCUGGUUCACACGCCUGCCAGAAACAUCGCCAGCUUCCCCGGCCAGCUGUCGGCGCAUCCAUCCAUCAUGGACGAUCCAGUGGUGGUUACGGUGGGUCAGACGACAGUCACGGGGAAAGAAGAGGUUGGCGGAGGGGCGAUCAACCCGGACUACACGGCCUUUGUGUUGGUGCCCGUCUUCUUCCUCCUAGGCCUGCUGGGGGUGGUCAUCUGCCACGUUUUGAAGAGGAAGGGCUACCGGUGCACCACCGAAGCGCGAGAUGAGGACCAGGAAGAGGAGCCGUGUGAAGAAGUGGAAAAGGAUCCGGAGUUGGGCGGAGAGCUGAAUGACACCCUCAGCGACAACAAUGACACAGUGGGACAGAUCGUCCACUACAUCAUGAAAAAUGAAGCCAACUCGGAUGCUCUGAAAGCAAUGGUUCACGAAACCAGCAUUGAUUCUGAUGGUGCGCCUAUCACCCCCACUUCCCCAUACUCUCCCUCGCCACCCCUCACCCCCGUGUCGCCGGGGGCGCCGCCAGAGGCUGCCAAGCACACCUGCAACCACCUGCACACAAUCGGUGGCGUCGGCGGCCACAAGAACAUCUGCACACGCUGCAGCCAGAAGAAAUGGCCGCUUAUGAACAAACCGGCGGUCCGCAAGGCGGAGCAACGGCGUCGACACUCAGGAGAGGUCACCGUGCUGUCCGUGGGCAGGUUCCGUGUGACAAAGUGUGAAAAAGCAGCCAGGGAGCGGCGGACGCUGCUGAUAGCAGAUUCCAACGGCAGUGUUCCUUCAGAGGAGGUGGCGUCAAACAGCCGGACUGUGUCCGAGUCACAGGAGGAGGAGAAUGACAACAUGGACAGAGAGAAAUGAUCCAACGCCAGCUUUCCCUAAGAAGACACAUCAUCUGCACACUUUUUAAAAGCCACCAGAAGACAUCGACACAUCAGCAAAGCAGCAAUAUGGGUGUACAGAUCCCCCCUUUACCCUUCACUUGGGGCCAAACUGCUGCUGAAGCCCGGCGGUGGCGCCGACGUGCAUAACAGUUUUCCAGCUAGGUAGGAAAAGUGUUUUUUUUUUUUUUUUUUUUCAAAAUGUUUGACUUCUCCCUCAAGACAUGUCGAGCUUCAUAUCAGUCGGUCCAGCUGUGUGACAUCAUCCAGGAUGCCAGGAGGAGCGUGUGCCAGCUUCAUUAAAGAAGACUUCUUAAACUGGUACAGCCAGUCCGAGGCCACCCCCCCCACCCACCCCUCAAUCCACAGGAAGUAGGAAUAACCUACAGAGCCAGGAAGCUGUCUGGAGCCUUGGCAGGUGUCAUCCAAAGAAUAAAGCAUCAUACCGUGCACCAGCCAGGAGGAGAUGGCGUCAGUAGGAAUAUAUCAACUAAGUGUAACGUGCAAUGCUUCAAUGGCUUCUGUGUGCCAUUUAAAAUAUUAUGUCAUUUUAUUUCUACAGCAUGCUAACAAUGCACCUAAUUGUUUUUUUUACUUAGCUUGUUAUAAAUAUUAUAACGACUAUGAUGGUGAUGAGCUGCUGUGAAGUUUUCAUGGUGCGUUCACACUUGUCCUGUUUGGUUGGGUUUCAAGGUCUGGUGCGUUUUCUCUGCCAAGUACGGUUCGUUUGGUAUCUGAACAGGUGGAUCAAGACCGCUUUGCCAAGACCACUUGAGCUCCCAAUUUCAAUGCUACAGGGACCAGCAAAAUGACAAAUACGAAACCGACACAGCUUUGUGAUCAGUCUUUAGAAGUAUAUUUUAGAAGCUUUUGGUGAAAUGUAAGCCGCUUUGCUCUUUCCGUAUGUAUGUUUGUAGGGAGAGGCUCUUAAUAUUAAAAAAUAAUAAUAUAAAUAAUAACAUAACAAUAAUAACAUCGCAAUAAUAUGUAUUCAACCCAGCAGGGGUUGCAUUAUCACGCAUCUGGUCCCGUGACGACAUGACCAGUGUGAACGCUAAGCCAACCUCGCCAAAGUGCGUACAAAACAUGCAGAGGAGAGUACCGAACCACAAGUGUGAACGCAACCUUUGUGUGUCGGAAGCCGCCAAGUUUAUUUUUGCACUUCCUUUUCCUCACCUAAGAUGUUUUGUCCGUUCCAUUCCAGUUCUUUUCUUUGCCGUGUUUAAAAGAUUUAGCGGCCAGUUGUUGUUGGCCCAAAGUCUUCCAUGGAAACCAAAGCAAGAGAACGUUGAUGUCAGUCUACCUCUUCUCUCCUUCAUGCGGGGUAUUUCACCUUUUACAGCCUUUUUUUUUUAUAUUUGUUUAGGGUCAGCAUCAUCAAGCUUGUCAUUUCAUGGUGCCACUUUGUUUUGGGAUGGAUUACAUGUAUUUUUUUAUUGGUUUCUUUUCAAGAUUGCUGUGUUUUUAUUUAAUGCCAAAAAACAAUAAAGAUGUAUACAUAUCAGA